AACGGGCUUUACAUUUCAGAAGUAAGCUUAAAAAACUCAACAUGUCUACAAAUUUUGGUUCUAAGGAUGGAAUCCUCAUUCGGAUCAUGACUGUGGAUGACUACAAACUGGUGAAGAUCUUCAUGAGAGAACAUUUCUUUAUUGGAAAUCCGAUGAACGACGCUUGCGACGAAGAUGUUCAGAAAUGCAAUGAGAAGGAAAACGAUGAAUAUCACAUUGAUAUGAUAAAGCAGAACACAUCUUUAUUGGCUGUCAAGGAUGACGACGAAGAACAAAUCGUUGGUUUUGUUCUAGCCGGUGCUCAAGUGCCGAGUGAUUUGGAGAAGAGUCGCAAGGAGGCUGACGAAUUGGAAGAAAAUGCCUGGAAACGCAUUGCAGUGUUUAAUUCGUUAAAUUUUCUCAACAAAAAUAGCCGAGUAGUAAAGAAAAUAUACCAACAUAUUUGUAAUGUCAAGUCAUAG